ACUGCACACGCGAGGAAGUUGAUAUCAGUCAGAAAACCUACUCUCUACACUCUCUACAGCAAAGACCGUAAAGAGCAAAGCGUAUCGGUACACAACACGCGCAGCGCAUCUAUAUACCAAGAGAGAGAAGGACGUUCCUCCUGGCUUCCGCGUCUGAUGUGACCAAGAGGAAAAUAACCAGUGCCCGACGACGACAUUUAGGUAGUAGCUUUCUCUCAAGAGCUGCACACAUGCUCUUUUCCCUGAUGUCAGCCGCCGUCAGCAGCAGCAGCAGCAAAGACGCUGCUUGACGUUUACUUCAGCUGUCGUGUGUGUCGUCGACUUUUGUGCAUGUGCAUAUGCCUGUGUGUUUACUUCUAUAACUUUGCCCGGAAGUGUGAUUUUACGAAUAAAGUAAUACUGCCAUUGAAAGUACACGCUGUUUGUUGAUACACGUACUUGUUUAUAAAGUGAUUCUUCAAUUCAGCUGACCAUAACGAAAUUUUUUCGUUUGGAAAACGUUAUUUUACAAAAGAUGUUGAGUUUCUGAUAUAUACAUGCAUCGACUGAGCUUCAAGUAAAGUUUUGGCGUUUAAAGUGCCGCUAAAGCGACAUAAAAUCCAUUAAUUUGUAAUAUGGAUGAUGAAGAAGGGUCUUCAAGCUCAGGUCCAAUGUCGUCUUUAAAUAGUCUAUUUACUUUCACAAGUCCAGCAGUGAAAAAACUGCUUGGCUGGAAGCAAGGUGAUGAAGAAGAAAAGUGGGCUGAGAAAGCUGUAGAUUCUUUGGUGAAAAAACUGAAAAAGCGAAAAGGUGCCAUUGAGGAGCUAGAGAAAGCUCUAAGUUGUCCAGGGUCUCCCAGCAAGUGCGUAACUAUUCCUAGGAGUCUCGAUGGCAGACUUCAAGUGUCACAUCGCAAGGGUUUACCCCACGUGAUUUACUGUAGGGUCUGGAGAUGGCCAGACUUGCAGUCACACCAUGAACUAAAGCCUCUAGAUCAUUGUCAGUAUCCAUUCUCAGCCAAGCAAAAAGAGGUGUGCAUUAAUCCCUAUCAUUAUAAAAGAGUCGAGAGCCCAGUACUGCCACCAGUCUUGGUACCAAGACAAUCCGAGUUUGCUCCUGGCCACUCGUUAUUGCCAUUCCAUCAGCUCACUGAUCCUACUAUGCCACACAAUGUUUCCUACUCAUCAACUGGAUUUAACACAACUAAUGCAAAUGCAGUGAAUUCAGGGGUAAAUCCUAAUUCGCCGAUCUCAACGAUCAGCUCAGUUCCAAGCCCCGGUUCGACAAACACUAACCCUCAGAGCCCGUAUGGUUCAAACGGACUACCCGAAACACCGCCACCGGCGUAUACGCCACCCGAGGACGGGUCCCAACACGGGCAAGCUACCUCACCAGACUCGACGGUCACGAGCAACAGCCAGCCUAUGGACACAUCAAAUCUGGGUGUAGCUCCCGUCAGCUACCAAGAGCCGUUCUAUUGGUCUUCGAUCGCCUACUAUGAGCUCAAUUGUCGCGUCGGCGAGGUCUUUCACAGCCAAGCAAACUCCAUCAUCGUCGAUGGCUUCACUAAUCCAAGCAACAAUUCCGAUCGCUUCUGCCUUGGUCAGUUGUCAAACGUCAACCGUAACUCCACAAUCGAAAACACGAGGAGGCAUAUCGGCAAGGGCGUGCAUUUGUAUUACGUUGGGGGUGAAGUGUAUGCAGAAUGUCUUUCUGAUUCGGCAAUCUUUGUGCAAUCGAGAAAUUGCAAUCAUCAUCACAACUUCCACCCUAGUACAGUUUGUAAAAUUCCGCCAGGAUGCUCCCUCAAGAUAUUCAACAAUCAGGAGUUUGCUCAGCUGCUUUCGCAGAGCGUGAAUCAUGGCUUUGAGGCCGUCUAUGAACUCACAAAAAUGUGCACCAUUAGAAUGUCCUUUGUGAAGGGUUGGGGAGCCGAGUACCAUCGUCAAGACGUUACUUCGACACCUUGCUGGAUCGAAGUCCACCUUCACGGUCCACUUCAGUGGCUUGACAAGGUUCUCACACAAAUGGGUACACCACACAAUGCCAUAAGUUCCGUGUCUUAAAUUAAAAUAAGAACGUAAAUUUGAACUCAAUACAACGUUUUAGCAAAAUUUUGCAAAUCGAAAGUGUAGGUUUUUAUUAUUUCAAUUAAAAUAUCAUUUUAUUAUAAUUUUUAGUUAUA